AUGAUAUUAAAUUGUAUUAAUACGAAAGAAACACUAUAUGUUUCAAUUGACACAACACCAGAUCCUGAACAAUGUGUGAACUAUCCUUCUGAAUUUCUUCAUACUUUAAAUCCACCUGGUUUUCCACCGCAUGAGUUGAAAUUAAAAGUUGGAACACCCAUAAUAUUGCUCCGUAAUUUAGACGCACCUAAAUUGUGCAAUGGAACAAGAUUAUUGAUUUCAAAUUUACACCAAAAUGUGUUAGAAGCAACUAUUUUAACUGGUAGUUAUUCCGGAGAAAGUGUGUUCAUACCUCGAAUACCAAUGAUACCCACAGAUUUUCCAAUUGAAUUUAAAAGAUUACAGUUUCCUGUAAAACCCUGUAUGGCAAUGACCAUUAAUAAGGCUCAAGGUGAAACGUUCAAAGUCAUUGGGAUUGAUUUAAGUGAGCCAUGCUUUUCUCAUGGUCAGUUAUAUGUAGCGUGCUCUAGAGUAGGCAGUUCUAAGUGUAUUACAAUUUUAUCACCAUCUGCAAGUAAAACUAAAAAUAUUGUUUACCCGGAAGUUUUGUAA